AUGUACAGAAGGAGAAACACAGGCAGGAGAGUUAGAGAAGCAGCUCUUGGGGGAAACCGAACUCUUCCUCAAGCCCCAACUGCUGGAGUUAGCAGGGAUGAGAUGCGCAGGUUUGUGACUGGUGUAUCGGAGGAUAUGGAGGCGGAAUGUUGGGCAGCCAUGUUGAAUGAUAACAUAGACCUUGCUAGGUUGAUGGUACAUGCACAACAUGUGGAGGAGAGUCGUCGGAGGAAGAGAGGCCGAGAAGGCAAGAAGCCUAGGCCCUCGGAUCAGGCUGGUUCUAACACUGGUAGGAGGUUGUUUGGAGUCCUGGACAGGCCCAAGUUCAAGAAGGGCAAUGAUAGAAAUUCCCAGUGUGACAGAGAUCCGUGUGGUAGGUGCGAUCAUUUGAAUAGAGGUGAGUGCAUGGUAGGUUCUAAUGCCUGCUAUGGGUUCGACAAGAGGAGGGAUAUGAUCAGGGAUUGCCCACAGGUGAAAAAUCAGGGCAAGGAAGAUACUCGGCCUCAGCUUAUUCCUACUGCUGCAGCCGAGCCUUCCAAGAGGAACAUGUUCUAUGCUUUGAAUGGUAGAGAGGAGUAG